GAAUCUGCACACAUGUAUAAUUCCCUGAACCAUAUAAACUCCGCGUGGAGAAACUGUUCUCUCUCGUUUUUUUGAGACAUAUUAUCGAAAUAAUAUUUCAUAGCGAAGUUAUAGAAUAUCAUUCUUUAAGAAAAUAAUAUACUCUUAAAGUGUUGAAAAUAUACAACUGCCUACAUGGAUGCGUUACAGUUAAGAAAUUUCAGAGAUUUUCUUCUUCUCUACAAUCAAAUAUCUGAGACGUGUUUCAAAAAAUGUGCAAAUACUUUCCUUACUCGAGAAAUCACCUCCGAUGAAGAUCUUUGCGUAAGUAAUUGUGCGCAGAAAUAUAUUCACGCAAAUCAUAGAAUAAUGGAGAUAUUUAUGGAAGUACAGCCUAUAAUGGUACGUAGAAGAAUGGAGGAAAUAAAUACGAGUCAAGCAGCAUUAGAAACACAAAAUCAGCAAGUGGAACAAAAUCCACAAUGAUGCUGAUAUUAAUUAUUUGUGAUACAUUUAUCAGACCAACUAUUCUUUAGUUGGUUUCAUUAUAAAUUAUAAAGCUCUGUCGAGUACAUAUAAAUAUAUGUAUAUAAUAAUAUUUUAAAACAUUACAUAUGUAUAUACACAGGAUAAUCAAGGAGAAAAUACAUUCUAUGUAUUUGUAUUUCCUCCUGUAUAUUGUUUAUUUGUAUAUAAUUAUUUAAGC